UCCAUUCAAAUUUGUUCACUCGGGUUCACUCACACGAGGGUUAGUUAUAUUUACUUUAUAUUAUCAUUAUAGAUAUUUGUACAGAAAAAAAUAUUCUAGUAGUUUACUGAGACGUGUACUAAAUUUCUUUUCACCACAAAUUAAGCGAAAAUGGCAAAUGUAUUCGGAUUAAUAGUGUCAGGUCGAUUGGUGCAGACAGAUUUCACACCGCUGGAGGAGACACGGUUCCUCAUCACGAUCAAUGAGGCAGACGCUAUAAACCAUGUGGUCGUGUUCCUGACUGGCCUGACUCCCCUGCCGGCCGGCACUGUGGGCAUGGUUUACUGGAGCUGGCCUGACCCCGCGGCGCCCCCCAACUGGCAGCUCUUAGGACACAUAUCUAACUCCAAACCUUCAGCCAUAUUCAAGAUUUCAAAUCUAAAAAAACUUCAUGAAUUGACAGAUGAGAAUAAAUUUAUGAGUGCCUUUGGCCAGCAGCAAAUCUGCCACAACGCGCAGCUCGGCAUCUCAAUAGAACCAGAGGCUAAUGUGCAGCUACUGCAAUCCUCUGUUGCUCAACAAACCAACAGCUACAUCACAUUUGCACAGAAAAUGCUAGAAAACCUUGUAAACUUCGUAGCAUCAUUCUCCGUGACACAAGAACAGAUGACCCCCACUCCUGGUGUCUCCUACAUCCCGCUGAACACCCUCCACACGUGGUAUCAGAACUUCGAACGGAGAUUACAACAGAAUCCUAAUUUCUGGAAAGUCUAGUACUGGGAUUUUUAGACCAAUAUUCUGUAAGGAUAGUUUAGUUUUAUUAAUUUUAUGCCUAAGACUGUAUUUCUUAUACUUAGCGUGUGCCCCAUUGCGACUAUGAAUAUCGCUGAAAUCUGAGGGAUUUAGUGAUAUUCAUAGGUUUUCAACGCAAAAUGCUUAGUUUAGGCGGGAUUCCGAACUGAGAGACAAGAUUGCAAGCGUGCAAACAGUACCAUAUUUUAAUAUUUACUUAAUAAUGGUGUCUACCCAGACAAUAAAGUUUUAUUUUUUUGACAUAAGCCUCCUUGCAACUGAUGAUUCUCUCAAAAAUCAUUUUUAAAUACUGUCUGAUUGUACUGUUACCUAUAUUAGAAAAUUGACUUAAAUUAUGAUGGGCAGAUAUACAUUUUGUAUAUAUUUCUUUUACUUUAGAUCCAUCAAGGUUAAGUAGGUACAUAGGUACCAUUGUUUGAUAGAUCUCAUAAUAAUAAAAAAUAGUAGUUACGGCCGCUUAUUCGCUUAUUUACAAAAAUACAAUUUGGAGAUUUUUGUAUCCUUCCGGCUAAUCCAGUCUAGUAGAGUGUAACCUGCUGAGACCGGUACUAGGUGUAUACACCUGGGUGCUAGCUGUAGCCUGCUUGUCUCCGCUAUUAUGAUGAGCAGGCAUUUGAGAUGAUUGGCUGCACCUAAGUCUAGCCAGAAUGAUAAUGAUUGAAUCUAGAUCUAGCCGAAGAUAACCCAAGGUCUAUCCACAGUGCGGGAUUUAGCCUUAAAAUAUUUACAGCAUGAAGUUUUUUUAAAUUAUGAAUUGUAUGUGGAGUGUUGCAUUGUAAGUAUGACGAAAAUUUUUAAAGCAAUAAUGCAUAGGUCUCGUACAGGAAUGCUUCAUUGAAAGUGAUAUUGUACAAUUGUAACUAUCAAAGACUGCUUGUGAAGAAUAAUUUUUAAUAAAAGGAUAUUAAAUAUG